UUACAACAUGACGUGAAUUACCGUCAAUGGCUGUGCUGGCUUGACAGAAAGGGUUGCCUGUAUAGUGCGAGCCCAUGGCGCUACUGAUCACAAUCAAAAUGGGUACCUCCGUCCAUCGUUCUAGCACCACGACCUGUCACAUUCAACCCGGAAAUGAGGGAACACCAUGAUGAAGAUAAAGGCUGGAAUUGAAGGGAUUUGCUAACCACACUGUGGAUAAACAUGUCAAAAAACAUGUCAGCAGACACUGUCACACGCCUCAUACCUGAGGAAGACUUGAUUGAUGGAUUAUUUUACAAAUGUGAUAUCAACAAAAAUGGAAGGGUGUGUGUGUCUAGACUGAUCAGAUAUCUUACCUCAACAGCUGGUCAAGACAAACAGUCCCUAGCAGCAAUAGAGAACCUGUCCGAAAUGUUUGACCCACAUGCUUCAGAUAUAGCUAUUGAUCUGCUCACUUAUCGUAAGUGCAUCAACAAGUGGAUUCAACAAGUCAGGCAGAGUAAGAGGGGAAGCAGUGUCUCAGAAGAACUCAUGCCUCGGAAUCCCCUUAAGAGACAAAAGAGCAGUUUGUUCUACCCAGACAACCAUUUUCCUACAUUCCUCAGUGAGGACAAUGUUUCAAGCCAUAUUGAAGGUGCAAAUAUGUCAGCUUCAGUCCUGGAUGCAUCUUCUCUCGAUACAAGUACCAGACAUUUUGAAAGUGAGAUCAGCGAGCUGACAAGUCAAGUGGGAGACCUGCAGCACCAGAACCGGAAGCUGGUCGAGGACAACUCCAAGCUACACCUGCAGCUGGAGGCCCAGGAGGAGAGCAUGAACACCAUGAAUCAAGACCAUGUCAUCACCAAGAAGAAAAUAAAGAGCUUGCAAGAAUUGGUUGACCUCCGCUCAGAGACACAGGAGGAAAAUGAAGAACUGAAAACGACCCUAACAAAGUACCAAGAUAAGAGGAAGGAGCUGGAAAACAGGUUGAAUCAGGUUGAAAGGGAAAAUACAAGUUUACAGGCACAGAUUACUGACUAUGAGAGCAAGUUACAGAUAUUACUGUGUGAACUGGAAAAUGCCAACAUUCAACAGAAAUCUCUUCAAUCAACUCUAAUAGAACAAAAACAACUUUUAAAGAAACUAGCAGAGGAGCGAACAAUGCAUGAAGUCACUCUGUCUGAAAAACAAACACAAAUUCAAGAUCUCGAGAUUUGUGUAGAUGAGCUCAAUAAAAUGAAUGAGGAAUUGAAAUAUGAACAUGACGAUCUACAAAUGCAGUUUAUACAAGCUCAGCAGGAAAUAACCAAUUACCACAUGAAGGAUGACAAGCCCAACAUGUCCAACUCCUCCGGGUGUGUCGAUGACCUGGAGGUUGAGGGGGAGGUGCUGGAGGCAGAACAUGUCUCAUCUCACGAGUCUACAGCAUACAGCACUCCUGUAAAACAGACCUCUAUACACAAUGAGAUCAAGGAAAUGCUUGAAGACUCUCUGCACCUGCCCUCCCCACUUAGUGACAAGGAGCUUCAGGAGAGCAUCCUGGCCCAGUCCUUCUCCUCCGGGGGCGACUCCUGGACAACAGAAGAUCUCAUAGACCUUGAGGUUGCUUCCUUCAUGCCUUCAAAUGGAGAUAAUGACAAGAUCAAAACACUGGAUGGUAUAAAAUUGGUUAAGAAAUUCAAGGAACAGCAGGAUUCAUUUACACAGCAAAUCGAUGAAGUGAUCAGUGCGGUGGAUGCAAACCCAGACAGGGGAAGCUACUCUAGACGGCUCUUUACUGACAGUGAUGGUGAGGAGGAAGCGAUUUCCUCCAAUGGAAUAUCAAAUGAAGAAAAUCUCCAUUCAGAGAGAAGGUACCAAAGGUUGAUACUCGUUUUACAGAAGCUAAAAGGUGAAAAUGAGCGUCUAAUACGGCUCCAUGACGAGGCAGUGGAGAGUGUAUCCAACUGGGAGAUGACCGUGGACAGCACGCUGGACAACAGGCUGACUGUGCUGCGAGAUGUUUUGUUGGAGGAGAGGGCUCUAAAAAAACAGCAUCAGCGUGAGGUUCAGUCCCUGAGGAGCGUGGUAAAUGAGACUAAAAGACAAUUAAAAGACAAGGAAGAGCUGACACAGCAACUUCAGCAACAGGAAGCAGACCUGGAGGCACAGAUGACCCUGCUGAAAAAGACCAAUCUAGAUCUAGCUGAGAAAUGUCAUAAAUCUGAAUUAAGGGCUUCUGACUUACAAGAUGACAUAUUACAGUCCACUUUCAAUUUUGAAAGAGAAAAGCAUAGGAACAAUGAUCUUGAGGACACGUUAGCUGGCACCAAGCUGGCCCGGCAGCUGGACCUGCGAGACAUAUGGAGGCUGGUUCAGAAGGAUGUGGAGACCGAAUAUAUGGAUGAUCAGAAGGAUAGCCCACUGUCCAGUUCCACAGACCUGUUGAAGGAGCAGAUCACCAAGGAGAUUGAGAGCCUGAAAGAUAAGCUGGUGAAACGCCAAGUGGCACUGGGAGCUCUGAAGGGCAAGCCCAUGAAGCUGAAGCUGGACUCGUCUGGCAACUACUGUCAACCCAUGGAUACCUCUCCCAGCUCUCCACUUGUUGAUGCACUGACCAUUGACUUCUUCAAUGGCAACUACCCAACCACCAGACCCAACAAGCGUGCAAACACACUCUCAGCCCUGAACCAGUACUCCUCCCUGGACAGAGACAGUUGUGCCGUGUGCCAGAAGAACAGCAAUGCUCCAUCACACCACACCCUGUCCUGCCCCUCUCUCCAUCAGCGCCACUGCUACCAUGACCCCGAGAGUCACAGCAACUACUCCUACACCAACCUCAACACCUCCAGCAGCUCCAGCACGAGCGGUGUGGACGUCAGUCCAAGAUGUUCCCGAAGUGUGGACGGACAGAACAGAAGGAGAGACUUCAUCCGGAGUUCCAUCAAAUAUGGCAGUGGCAGUCAGACGUCUGCUGAGAGCAAUGCAAACUCGGACUCCUCACACCACAGGCAGCAUAAAUAUUCCCGCAGUGUAGGAGACAGGAUGCAUAAGAAGGACAAUGUCCGCGUCAGCGUUCAAAGUCCAGCAGGAUUCAGACGACCCAGUUUUACGAAUGCUAUUGAAAAUAGGAAAGACGCAAAUGACAACAAUGUGUCCCAAUUUACCCGUAGUCGAAGCUUGAGUUUCCAGGCUGCCAUUGAACGUGGGCGAAGGAGCCCAGUUGAUGAAGUGGACUUUCUUUCAACCAGUCCAGAUUCCACUCCAGACAGAUCGGAGUACCCUCAGUAUGUCCAGCAGGACAUGGCUGCCUCCUCCAGGAAUGAUGGCAAGUCUGUCAGCUUCCACCUCUCCACUGAGGAGUACUUUGACAGUUGCAGUGAGCUCCCUGCCCAUGACCCGGAUCCGAGGUACCAUGAGAGAACCGACACAGCACAGAGCACAGCACACGAUGUGGCAUUCUCCGCACAGCUUACCAGACAAACUUCUGUUCAGUCAGCGAGGAAGUUGUCGACUCUGAUAGAGGAGGAGUCAGACCUGUCUGAGGCCCUCAGUGAUAAGAUGGGCACACCCAAACUGAUCAAGCGCAUUGUAGAUGAGUAUGCCACACCUACCAAGAACAGGUUUUGUGCACAGAUGUCUGAAUCUGACAACUUUGUCUCCUUUGAUGACAGUAGAGACUAUGAAAAGAGUUCCACAUCAAGAACUGGGGAGACAGAGACUCAAGCCAAGGAGACGAAGCAGGAGAAGGAAGCCAAGAAAAGCAAGAAAACUAGUCAGGGCGACACUGGGCAGACACCUGCAAAGAACAAGGAUAAAUCUAUGGAUAAAACGACAUUAGUCAUAUCGGAUGCUCCAAAGAGCACCAGUUCAAAGGCAUCAGAAAAGAAACCCCAGAUGAGGGUUGAAGAGUCACUUGUGGUGCCAAACAGUCCAGAGAAUGGUCUGGUGGAAGAACCCCGCCUUUCUCCAAAGGCUUCUCCAAAGUCCAAGACGCCAUCUAGGCUAGCUAAACUGAGACAGAACAACCUAGCUAAGAAGCGGGAUCAUAUGCGCACUAUGAAAUUACCUGAGCUACGAGAACAAAGUGAGGGAGACAUGGCUCCCCCCCAGCUCCUGACAUUAUCGGAGAACACCCUGACCCCGCCCCCUCCUUCACAGGACUCGGUCACACCAAGUUUGCCUGAUGAGUUCCUGGAGAAACUGGGCCUGAAGAUGUCAUCGCCUGAAGAGAAAGUGGUAAAUGUUGAUGAACUUCCUGAAAAUGAGAUUGAGAGGAAGUUCUGCAGCCUGGCGCUGGCCUUCAAGACCGACAAGUUGACCCUGGAAAAACGGAAAGGUAUCCAGGAAAGGUCUCGAGAUUUGGCGGAGGAGAAUGUGGAUAGAGAGCUUGGUGGGCUCAGAGAUGCAGCAGAGGAGCUCAACCAGUCGGUGACUGAUGCCAAGCUACGAGAUGUAAUACAGAAAAUCCAGGGUCACAUCGAAAUCCUGGAACAGUCAGCCGCCAAGGUGUCCAGUAGAGCUGAGGUGUUUGGUGCAGUGCAACAGGAGAACCGGAUGAGUACAGCCAUGGAGAUUAUGAUCACUUACGUCAACCAUCUCCGGUCCCUCUAUGACAAGGAACACGCUGAGCUGGAGGACGCCAGAAAAAUUUUGCACGACAAGCCUUUUGGGCAGUCUGUUCUUCAUGAUCUAGAUCGGUCCAAUCGGUCGAUGUCAGUUGCUGCCUUGUCUGCCCCACUCAGGACAAGACGGAGAAGUGAGGUUGUCUUGCCGCGGAUGUGUGGUGGCGCAGGCAGCCCCCUUCUCAGACACUCAGCAUCAUUGGACUAUCCUUUCUUUACGGAACCCAAGCAGCAUGGAGGCAGUAAAGAGAUUGUAACUGAUGAUGAGGAUCCCCGGCAGAGAUUCCAAGCAUUAGUGGGCAAUACGCAGAUGCGAAAUGCAGUAGCUACUACUUUUAGACGCGGCUCUUUAGAACGCCAAGCUAGUGUACAGUCUUCCAAGAGCUCAUCUUUCUCACUGUCCAGAGAUAGUUCCACAGAAAAGAUCAAGGAAAGUAAGGAAAAUGGGCCACCAAAGCAGGGUUCACAAGAGGAAGAGGCAUAUCACAGAGGGUUUGAAGAUGGUGUGAAAGCCAAACUGGGCCAUGAACUUUCAGACCUCCGGGAGAAACAGAACAAUAUUGGUCAGAGUCUGGAGGAUGUCAUGGACAAGGUGGAGAAGUCGAAAGAGGAGGACGAGAGAGAGAAGGAAGAAGCAGCUGAAAGGCGGAUGAUGCAAAUGCGAGCCCUCGGCCUCCACAAGCCAAGCUGGGACAACGCAGGACAUACAUUUCGUAUGGCACUGGCAGGGCUCAUCUUCAUGAUAGCAGUAGGCAUGGUAAUCAUGACAAUACUUCCAGGGUCAGCGUCGGGCAUGGAGGUCCACACAGAUGUCCAACAUUUCGGGGUGCCACCUGUAUAGAGUUUUGUCCCUGCCUGUAAUUGCCUAUUGAGCCGAUGCGCAGCAAACCCAACAGUGAACAGUGUCUUCCUUGGAUAACCCUCAUCCAUAUUUGGCUCCAACUCUGAGGAAUGCAUGUUCAUAUUAGCCAGUUCAGAAAGAUCAACCUUGGAUAACCUUGGUUGGGUUUGACUCUCCGAAUUAGAUGUUGAUCAUUGCCAAACCAGAUCCAUCUACUGUUGAUUAUCUUGGUCAAUAUAUGGUUCCCAAUACCUGGGUGGUGGAAGAUGGGUUUUUGUCAACCAAAUCUACUGCUGUUGCUGGUUUUGAGACUCGUGGAAGGUAUUCCUUACCUUCAGGCAAAGACUCUUCAGUGUGAGAAGAACCCUGAUAAUAGCUCACAGAUCCACUGGUUUCUCAGGUUGUACAGAUGAGAUAGGUUGUGCUCUGUCAUCAUGGUCAAGUGAAGAAACUGUAUAUUUCAAGCCUUGGAAGACUGGCUACAUGCUGUGAUUGUGUGCAUUCUAUUUAUUAGCCAAACCUAUUUAUAUUGCCUGUAAAUGGUAUGAAAUAGAACACAAGCUUAUAUAUAUCUAUCUAUAUUGUAUUAUAUCAUAUUGUACAAAGUAUCAAAAUUGUCAUCUCAUUGAUAUUAUGUGAAUUUUAGUGUGUUGUAUUGUCUUCAACCUCUAGUUGAAUCAAUUUGUUUACAAGAAUUCAGUAGAAUUUCAAUGGUGAUUCAGUUGAUACUGACACAGCUCAAAUAGUUUUACCAUAGUAUUUGUGAAAAAAAAAAAAAUCAAAAAUGUUUUGCAAUGUUUUGAAGAUAGUGCUGUGUACUAGUCAAUUAAUUGUUUCUUAUCUCAACAUAAGCCUUGAGCGGCAUGUUCUACUUUGCCAGUGACAUGCAUUCAGAAUGAUUUUCUGAUGUAUUUUCUAAUAAGAAUAUGACAAUUUAUUAUGUGUAGAAAAGCUAUGUCUAAGGAUGUUUAUUUCAUCAUGGCCUUUCUGUUUUAAAAUGUACACAAAGUGACUGAUGUUAUUCCAAAGUUGGUAUCAGCCCACUUCACCUGUUCACAUGAUAAUAAAAACUGACAAAUAUGUGUAAGGGACAUGGGAAGAUACGCAUGGAUAAUAGGUGAUUGGGAAACAGAAGUUUUGUUAUUAGCUGUGAAUCUCCAUCCAUGUAGCAUUGAUAGUUGACAGCACAUAAUGUAAGCAAGUGAAGUUGGGUGUUUAGAUAGCACAAAUUGGAAACUAAUGUUUUAUUGGUGGUAAUGUUUGGUGAGCCGAUGAUUAGGUCAGGAUGCCUACAUGUUGCAAAAGAAAUAUUGAAAAAUAAUUCUUUGGUCACUUGCAAGUAGAGGUUUUUCUUUAAAAAAUCUAAAUCCACCUUCUUGGGGGUUAAUUUUGGAAAUAUAUACCCAAAAUUCUUAAAAUAAUUAUGUGAUUGAAAGACUUGUCAGAUAUAUAAGUAACAAUAGCUAGCAUUUAUAAACCAUUAACAUUUGCCAUUUACAGUAAGCAGUAAAGCUCUGAAUCAAAACUUGUCCUUUACUUCAGAUGGGAAGGUUAAUCUGCACAAAAUUUACUCCAAAUGUGCUACAUUCUAAAAGUGAUCCAAUAUCAACAUGAUUAAUCUGAGUAGGGAGGAUAAAACUAUCCAGUCCCCCAAUUUAAUGGCAUUUUAGUCGCUUCCACUGAUUGACUGUAGAACAUCUGAGACUAAAGGUACUCCAUCAAAGGUUUGCUACAGAAAUUUGGUGAAGUGGGUUGUAACUGCAAAGGUGUGUACAUUUGUCUUGACCUUAACAUGUUGUUAUUUUAUUCUGAUAUCUUUUAGCAGUGUUCGAAAUUAGACACCAAAGUCAGGGGGUCCCUGUCAUAACUCUUGUUUAGAGGUAAACAGUUAGGAGGUCCCUAGAUUCAAAUACUACAGGAGCAAACCUCUGUCACCCCCUUUAUUUUGAACACUAUUUAGGGUGCUGAUUAAUUAAUAUUACAACAUGUUUGUGUUUAUUCAUCUAAUAAAGAACACAACUGUAUUCAUUAACUAUUUUCAUAUGAUACAGUAAUGAAUUUUUCAUAUUGAUUAAGUGCAUUAAAUCAUCUCCAAAGUGCAUUACAAACUUAUCACUUAUUCAUAGAAAAUCCCUUAUAUAUAUAUAUAUAUCUUCUUGUAGAAUAAAGUUACAUUUGGUGAAUCAUGUUUGUCAACCAAACUUGUUGAAAUGUGGAAGCAUCAAAAUUCAGGGCACAUUGCAUACAUUGUGAUUUUAACAUCUCUAACACCCAGACAAAAAGAUUUAUCCAAUUUGUGUAUCACCCACUUUCAUUGAAACAUUUCUCAAACAAUUAUGAGAGCCUAAGAAUGUAUUUUAUUGACACAUUUCACACAAUGUAGUUUAUUAUAGGAAAUCAGUUUGGCAUAGUAUGUAAUUCCUCAUCAUUUGGGUUUUCAUUUGAUCGAUGACAUUCAAACAUUCAGUGAGUUAAGCCCUUAAAUAUAUACAUUAUGACAUACAACAGAAUAUAUAAACUGUGUACUUUACUUUACUGUGAGAUUUACAGAUAAGCUUCCGUGUAUGCUUCAAAAUGUGAAUGUGAUAUUUAACACUAAAAUGCAUCUAUCAUAAAGAAACAACACAAAAAGAUUAUGUUAAAAAAGUGCUUGAGUUGUUUAUCGUGUUUCCUGUAUUGUAUGGAUGGCAAUUAUUUCCUUGUUUAUAAUUGGAAAAAGGAUUUUGGCAAUCAAAAUGGUUUUUUUAUAUCACACGGUCACAUGAAUAUAAGACAUCCGUGGUGGUUUUCUUGAUGAACAUACUUAGCUGUGAUUUUUCAUAUUUCAUGUCUACUAUUAUAGAUAGUGAUUUAUAUUCAAUGCCCAGACAUUUCUGUGAUAUUUAUUUACAAAUCAAGUUCAAACUUUUUCGAUUUUUCGAAGUUUUUGCAAGAUUUUGUAAGUUAUAUGAAGUACUUCAGAAUAACGACAUCAGUGCCAGUUCAUGAAUGUAUCAAGACGCAGUGAAGACAGUAAUAGUGCCACAGGAUGCUUUUCUGACAAUAUUUCUCAAAACUAACAGUAAAUCUGCCGCUGGAGAAAAAGGAAAGGAUGCAGUCAUAAAUAUGUAUUGCGUCACAACUUUUUCAGAAAGGUUUUGAAUAAUGUAAAUGUAUUUCAUAUUCUCAUUCUCGGUUGUUUAACAUUACAUGGGAUGAAAAUCAUUUACGAAUGAGUUGUGGUAGUUCAACAUGAAAUUUAAAGGUUUUCACAUAGCUGAUGGCUUCAUGGCUUCGCUUGAUAUAUUGUUGAAAUGCUCUUGACAGAACAGAAUCAUUAGCGGCAGGAAUUGUGUGGUGGUCAGCAAUACCCUUACUGCCAUCAACACUUCUCAAUAGUCCCUCAAUAAUUUAUUGUAAUUUUAAACAGAGCCAUCAUUUAUCCUUGUUUUAUUGAGAUUUUAUUCAUGUUGAAUAAUUGUGUGCUUCAGCCUACAGUUGAAACAAUAAAUAUAUUUUUGAUCUA